AACCAAAAGUGUAAAAUAAAGUCUAAACACGAAACGUUCUUUCAUAAUAGAUUUGCGAGGAUUUACGGUCACAUUCCGUUUGAACGAUGUUGAAACGGGUUUUAACUCCUCGCCCGGCCUUUCGGUUACUUGGUUGCUUGCGGCGCACUUUCCUAUCAGAGGCCUACACUUGCCAGGAGGCUUGGCAAUCCCGAUUGACAACACCCGUUCUAGCGAAAGUGGACCACGAAGCGCUUUAUUAUGAGUUGGAGCAAAAGUUUCACCAGAAAGCAAAGGUUUCGGCAAUCGAUGUCGAUAUCUAUGCCAACAAGCUGAUUGAUGAUUCCCACAUCGAAGAAGCGGCGGACAUAAUGCACAAGUUCCGGUUAACCGAAGAGACCUCCAAUGCGCUCGAUUCUACCCAGCAUGCGAUCGUUCGAAACUACGUCGAACACAGUCACUAUUCCGAGCUGAUUGAGCUGCUUAAUAACCGGAUAGGUUACGGUAUAUUUCUGGAUGAUUACACAGCGAACCUCACGUUAGACCGGCUAGUCACUACGAACGAGUUCAAAUGGGCUGCCCGUAUCGCUACGUUACUGGGCUUGCAAGAGGAUUUUGCCCAUCCAAUAACACGGUCACUGGCUACGUACGCGUGCUAUCGGUACGUGCAAUCGGGCGAAAUUAGCGACUUUGAAGAUAUUGCCCCCAAAGUAGUGGAGGCACCGGUGGAGGACAAGAAGAAAAAGAAAGAGGAGAUCAAGGUGCGCGUUAAGUUCAUACGGAAUCCGUAUUUUGACGAUCAUUUUGAUUUGACUAGUUCGAAGCUGUUGCUGGGUAAAACUUUCUACACUCUUGGUCUGCAGAGCGGGGCGAUUGUGGGCAAUAGUUGCAAGCUUUUGGGAUUAGUUUUGUACGAAAAAUAUGCUGAGGCAUUGAAGUUUGUUGAAGCCUGCAAGAAUGUUGAAAUUAGUGGAGAGAUGGUAGAGUUGGCCAAAACUUUCCUGGGGAAAGUGGAAGUUAAAGAAGAUGAGAGUUAUUUAAAACUAUCCGAGAUACUUGGUACUGCCAACGGCAGUGGUAUGAAGUUGGCCGACGGUAGCUUUGAAAAGUUGCUGCUCGACGACGUAAACAAAAGUAUUGCUGAUAAUGAGAAACAGCAAAUAGAGGAUCAAAUCAAGACUUACAGCCGUUGGUGUGAUCUAAGGCAACAACGUUUGGAAGAAGAGCUUGCCAGAUUGCAUCGUGUCAAACGAAUCCAGGAGAUGGAAAAAAUGGCACGCGAUAUGGAACAAGAAGAACAGAAAUUGUGGUUCUUUGAAAAUGAGGAUAAGAUCGAUUUACAAAUCGAUAGCAAGAAAGUUUACUAUCCAAAGCGCUGGUUCGGCAAGAAAAAGAAGCCACGUACCGUGGAUGAAGGUUACGUUCCGCCAGAGGUUCGUCAACGGCACAGCCAGCAGUAAGUUUUUGCUUUCUUAGUUCUUUCCACAGUGAAAACUAAAGCAUUUCAGAUGAAUAAAGCUUGUUUUAAUGGGCACUUUAGUGGUUGCAGCAGCUUUUUGAGUAGAAUAUCUCGUACCGAAAAUGUGAAUUGCUUUACGCUAACAAUUUCGAUACUGUUUUGAUCGAUUCCGAAU